AUGACCCACCAGUUCCCAGCGCUGUCUCCAGAGCAGAAGAAAGCUCUUUCAGACAUUGCUCAGCGGAUUGUGGCUUCAGGAAAGGGGAUCUUAGCUGCAGAUGAAUCAGUGGGUACCAUGGGGAACAGGCUGCAGAGGAUCAAUGUGGAGAACACAGAGGAGAAUCGCCGUGCUUUUCGAGAGAUCCUCUUCUCUUCGGAUGCUUCUAUCAAUCAGAGCAUUGGGGGAGUGAUCCUCUUCCACGAGACUCUCUAUCAGAAAGACAGCAGUGGGAAGCCAUUCCCAUCUAUCAUCAAAGAAAAAGGCAUUGUGGUGGGAAUAAAGUUGGAUAAAGGCACAGCACCUCUAGCAGGAACAAAUGGAGAAACUACCAUACAAGGACUGGAUGGACUGGCUGAGCGCUGUGCCCAGUACAAGAAAGAUGGUGUUGACUUUGGCAAAUGGCGUGCAGUGCUGAAGAUAACCAGCACAACUCCCUCUCAACUUGCUAUCCAGGAGAAUGCUAACACACUAGCACGCUAUGCCAGCAUCUGCCAGCAGCAUGGAUUGGUGCCCAUUGUGGAGCCAGAAGUCUUGCCUGAUGGAGAUCAUGAUCUCCAACGUUGUCAGUAUAUCACAGAAAAGGUUCUGGCUGCUGUCUACAAGGCUUUGAAUGAUCAUCAUGUCUACUUGGAAGGGACACUGCUGAAACCCAAUAUGGUGACGGCUGGGCAUUCCUGCCCCAAGAAGUACACCCCUCAGGAUGUAGCCAUAGCAACUGUCACUACUCUCCUCCGCACUGUUCCUGCUGCUGUCCCUGGAAUCUGCUUCCUGUCUGGAGGUCAAAGUGAAGAGGAAGCUUCUCUCAACCUAAAUGCCAUGAAUCAGUGUCCUCUGCCUAAACCAUGGAAACUGACUUUUUCAUAUGGGAGAGCUCUGCAAGCCUCUGCUCUGGCAGCAUGGGUGGGAAAAUCGGAGAAUAAGAAGGCUGCACAAGAAGCCUUCUGCAAGCGGGCACAGAUUAAUAGUUUAGCUUGCAGAGGACAGUAUGUCGUGUCUGGGAAGACUGAUGCAGCUGCCAUGCAGUCACUUUUCACUGCCAGCUACACCUACUGAAAGUGCAGGAAACCUGCUUUUGUCCCAUCUCUCUUCGUAGGCUGGAGAUAUUCAGAAUGAAAGAAAACCAAAGAAAUCUAAUUCCCCUUGCCCUAAAUAAAACAGAAAAUAAAAUAGAUUAGCUUCCCUGCCACCUUUUGCUCCCAUGACUUAGGGAUAGAAUAUUCUUGUCUUAUCUACACAUUCUGUACAAACAGAAUGCUUCCCAGAGAAUAAGCAACAACUGCCAUUGAAACACUAACCCACUACCCCUUUGGUUUAAACUCCUUCCUCAAAAUAGAAGGCAGAUCAAGUGGUAGUCAGGAAUCCAUGUUCUGUAGCAAUUCAGAUGCAUAUCUUUGUCCACAUUCUGCUGCCA